AUGAAGAUCUCCGCUGUCUCUACCUCUACUCUUGUUGCAGUUGCCAUUGCCGCUCCCACUGAACCCUGUAUCACUUCUGCCGCUUCGCAGAACCUCAACGACCCACUAUUGGGUUCUAUUGAAGCUGUUCGCCAUCCUCUCUCCACCUUGAUCAACCUUGUUCGUGCCUACCAAGCUGCAGAUGGAUUACAAGGUGCAUUGGGCAUUCAGCAGAGUUACUACCCUCUCUACACUCCGGUUAUGAGCUUGAGCUCAGCUGCUGCUAACCACGCUGUCGCUUCACCUAACGAUGUCGUGGCCUACGGGGUUGGUGCUGGCUCUAUCGUUGUUGCCGAUAUUACCUCCCUAGCGAACCCUGCUUCGGCGAUUGAAUCGAAUCUCUUCACGGCUAUUCCCUAUAAUGCACCAUGUGAUCAGGUAACAGUAGCACAAUCUGUGGCCAGCGAGUUUUCAUCUGUGUUUGCGGAGGCUGCUAAGGCCUACAAGAUCAGUAGUGGAAUUCCAAGUUUCCCUGCUGCCCCUACUAGCUGUGCUGUUUACUGCUAA